AUGGCGCCGGGGCCUGCGGGAGGAGCACAGCCCGCUGCACCCAAGCAGCUUCCCGACAAGUGGCAGCACGACCUCUUCGACAGCGGCUUCGGCGGCGGCGCCGGCGUGGAGACCGGGGGCAAGCUGCUGGUGUCCAACCUGGACUUCGGAGUGUCGGACGCCGACAUCCAGGAACUCUUUGCUGAGUUUGGAACCUUGAAGAAGGCUGCUGUGCACUACGACCGCUCUGGGCGCAGCUUAGGAACAGCAGACGUGCACUUUGAACGCAAGGCAGAUGCCCUCAAGGCUAUGAAACAGUACAACGGUGUUCCUUUGGAUGGCCGCCCCAUGAACAUCCAGCUUGUCACAUCACAGAUCGAUACACAGCGGAGACCUGCACAAAGCAUAAACAGAGGUGGCAUGACUAGAAGCCGUGGCGCUGGGGGAUUUGGCAGUGGCGGCGGCACGCGAAGAGGGACCCGUGGAGGCAGUAGGGGAAGAGGCAGAGGCACGGGCAGGAACUCAAAGCAGCAGCUAUCAGCAGAGGAGCUGGACGCACAGCUGGAUGCCUAUAACGCCAGGAUGGACACCAGUUAAGCAGCAAGCCUCGCCGGCAACAGGACCC